AUGACUGAACAACCUAAAAAAGUAAAAUUUAAACAUCUUCGUGAAAAGAUUUCAAAACCAACUCUAAAUGCAAUCAAAAACAUGGGUUUCAAACUAAUGACUGACAUACAAGCAGAAGUAUUGCCUAAAGCUUUAGAUGGGGAUGAUUUAGUUGCUACAGCAAAGACAGGUUCUGGGAAGACAUUAGCUUUUUUAAUACCAGCAAUUGAAUUAGUGAUUAAAUUAUUAAAAGAACAGAAACAAGGUACAUUUUGCAUUAUAGUUUCACCAACAAGGGAACUAGCAUUACAAACAUUUACAGUAUUGCAAAAUAUUAUUUCAUUUUAUGAAUCAGUAACUGCAGCACUAAUUAUUGGUGGAGAAAAUAGAAAAGCUCAAAGUGUAGAACUUGCAAAGGGGGUUCACAUUGUUGUUGCUACACCAGGAAGAUUAUUUGAUCACAUGAGAACAAAAGAGUUUGAUUAUAGACAAGUUUGCUGUUUAAUAUUAGAUGAAGCUGAUAAAAUAUUCCAGUAUGGGUUUGAAGAGGAUGUAAAGCAGAUAGUUAACCGUCUUCCUAAAAAGAGACAAACAAUGUUGUUUAGUGCAACACAAUCAGAAACAACAGAUGCACUUAUAAAAUCAGCUAUGAGAGAGGAAGUACAGGCAAUAAACACCAAUGAAGAUAAUGACAGAGCUACCGUAGAAGGUCUUAAACAAGGGUAUGUCACAUGUAAAACAGAAUAUCGGCUAAAUUGGUUGCACAAACUGUUGAAAAAAACUCAAAACUCAAAAAUUAUGAUAUUUUUCUCCAGUUGUAAGUCUGUAGUGUUUCACUAUGAAUUUUUCAAGAAAUAUUGUAAUAUGUCAGUGUUAUGUAUCCAUGGAAAAAUGAAUCAAGCAGACCGUACAGCUACUAUAGACAGCUUUUAUAAUGCUGACAAGAUGGCACUACUUUGCACUGAUCUUGCAGCGAGAGGCUUGGAUAUACCGGCUGUAGACUGGAUUGUUCAGUUUGACCCACCAUCUGAUACAAAUGAAUAUAUUCACAGAGUGGGCAGAACUGCACGAGGCUUGGGGUCUGAAGGACGUGCAGUGUUAUUGUUGCGACCGGAGGAAAUAGAAUUUAUUACUUACUUGAAUGAAGCUAAAAUAUACCUUGAUAAAUACGAGCUGUGGGAUAAAUAUAAUGAUUUGUGGCCUAAGAUAAACAAGGCUAUGGAAGAUCCAGAGUUUCAUAAAAUGGCAGUGGAGGCCUUUGAAGGUUACACAAGAGCAUUUGAAGUGAAGAAAUUGAAACAUGUCUUCAAUUUACUUAGUAUGGAUUUGGAAGCAGUAGCCAAGUCUUUUGGUUUAAAAGAAAAACCCGAUGUUGAUAUUCGUGUUGGAUUCAGCAAAAAGCAUAGACCAAGGAAGAGGAUGGCUGCGUUGCUUGAUAAUAAGUGCACAAAAAUGUUAAAAACU